UCGACUUUCAUACGCGUCUUCUUCCAUCAACACUUAGAUCCAGCCUCCAGGGAUGAAAGUUACGAUAAAAAACUGGCACGCAAUCGCCCAAUGGCGGUGGGAUAUUGGCUCAAAUGAGGUGGACGACGAGGGCGACGUCUGUGGUAUUUGCCGUGUGCCUUAUGAAGGGUGCUGUCCUUCGUGCAAGAUGCCUGGAGAUGACUGUCCUCUAAUUUGGGGCGAAUGCAGCCAUGUCUUCCACAUGCAUUGCCUGUUGAAGUGGCUCGGGACAGCCGCUUCAAAACAACAGUGUCCCAUGGAUCGUAGACCCUGGGGUGAGAGUAUAGUAUCAUCAUAG